AUGGCCGAAGACAUGCAAAUCAACCCACAACGCGCAAAGCAACUGUCCGAAAACAUUGCCAGCAUAACCGCGCGCAUCAAUGCCGCGAGUAAAGGCACCAAACCAGUGCGCCUAAUCGCCGUCUCCAAGCUCAAACCCGCCAACGAAAUCCUCGCCCUGCACCAACCCCCCAACCCGCUCCAAACCCACUUCGGCGAAAACUACGUCCAGGAACUCCUCGAAAAAGCCAACCUCCUGCCCCGCUCCAUCCACUGGCACAUGAUCGGCGGCCUCCAAUCAAACAAAUGCAAGCACCUCGCCGAGCAAAUCCCAAAUCUCUGGUGCGUCAGCAGCGUCGACACCGAGAAGAAGGCGAAUGAGCUCGAAAAGGGCCGCAAGGCCUUGUUGGAAAAAGAUAAGGAAGCGAGUAGGUUGAGGGUUAUGGUGCAGGUAAAUACGUCGGGGGAAGAGAGUAAAUCGGGUGUUGAGCCAAAAGAUGCGCUCGCGCUGUGCAGGCAUGUGGUGGAUAAGUGUCCGCACUUGCAGCUAGCGGGAUUUAUGACGAUUGGCGCCAUUGCGAGGAGUAAGGCCAUGACGGAGGAGAAUGAGAAUGAGGAUUUUGUGGCGUUGAGGGAGACGCGGGAUCAGGUUGCUGAGGCGCUGGGGUGGGACAAGCAGAAGCUCGAGCUGAGUAUGGGCAUGAGUGCGGAUUUUGAGGGCGCGAUUCGUAUGGGGAGUGAUGAGGUGAGGGUGGGAAGUGAGAUUUUUGGGGAAAGGCCGCCGAAGAAGGAUGCCGUUGUUAAGGAAGAGGUUGCUGGGGAGAAGAGUUGA